AUGUCAACGUCAACGACAUCAUCACCGGUGAAACCGGAAACCGAACAGCAUCAAGCCGAAAAGGAAAAUGCUGAAAUAAGCCCAUCCAAAACCGAUGAGUCCAAGGAGGAGCCAAAGAACGCUUCGACAGACACCGAAGUGACUCCAAAACUGAGCAAAAAGGAUAAGAAACGACAAGAUGAAGUCGCCAAGAUGUCGAAGCAACUCGAUAAUCAUGGAACACACAUCAAGUCGAUCGAAGGCGCUCUGUCCCUCACGGCGUCUACAGUCGAUGAGGUCACGGCACGUCUUGCUCAGUCAGAGGAAGAGAUCGCCAGCUUAAAAGAAGAUGUGGAAAUUCUGGAAACUCGAGUGCGAACGGAUACCAUCACCGCAGCCAAUCACGCACUGGUAUUGACAAGAAUCAGUCACAUCGAGAUUAUGUUGGCUUCUCUCAAACGCAAACCGCCUCUUCAAGAAGGAGCUGGACCGUCAAAGAUCGCCAAAAGCAUGUCACCUUCUGAAACUGGAGUCAAACCAGCAUCGAGACCAGAAGACUCUACCAUCUGUACCCUAUGUGACGGUGCCCACGUCAUGAACGACUGCGCCCUCUUCCCGACUGCACUGAGCAAGCUCAACGAGUUCAAAAAAAAGGGACGGUGUCUCAAAUGUGCACAGCUGGGAUGCUCUGGAAGAAGUCAAUGCCCUAACUCAGUCAAGACAUGUACAAAAUGUCAGGACCGGCAGAGCCCACCAUCAUGCUACCAUCUACCGAUCGUAUGUCUCUACGAUGAAAUCUUUGUCAAGAGACAGAGAGACAAAAAGGAGAGGGAGCGACGAGCAAAAAUGAUGGAAACACCGGCGAAGUCAGAGCAACCUCAACCAUCUCAGCAAGUGCAACAACAACAAACUGCCCCGCAGCAGAUGCAUCAACAACAGCAACCACAACAGCAGAUGCAACAACAGCAACAACUUCCGCAAUUCCAAGCUCCAAGCCAACAAUACUACCAACAGCCACAUCAACCUGCUCAACCGGUCUUCGCCAUGCCUCGAGUACCACAGCAGCAAAUGAUGCCACAACCGAUGAUGUAUCAACAACAACAUCAUCAACAAUUCCAGCAACCGAAUCCACAAGGAUUCAAUCCAACUCCCCAGCAGCCGUACGGAUGUUACACCCAAUAUUAA